CUGCCUCAGAACGAGCGUGGACGUCGGCUGUGUCGUGUGAUUUCGGACUGUCGCUCUGUUCUCUCUUUCUCUUGAUAUAUAUAUUGAUAUAUAUAUGCGUGUGUAUAUGUAUAUAUAAAAUAUAUACGUAUAUAAAUAAUAAUUUCCGAUCUCGUUUGAUAUUUUUCUUUUCUUUCUUCUCGAUAAGUCAACCCGAUCAUUCUUAUUUCGCAGUGGUGUCGUAAAUAUAUAUAUAUAUAUUGUGUUGUGAACAUAGAAGAAGAAGAAGAAGAAGAAGAAGAAGAAGAAGAAGAAGAAGAAGAAGAAGGAGGAGGAGGAGGAGGAGGAGGUGAAGGAGAAGGAGGAGAAGAAGAAAAAGGAUCUAAAGUAAAAGAUCGUAAGGACGUCGGAUCAUCUCGUCGAUGCUUUCGAAAGAAUCCGAACCUCUCGACGACGAACCUGCUGCUGCAGGAGGAAACUUAAAGAUCGUUCGAUCGUGUACUUAUUAUUCUUCGAAGGAUUCUUCACGUCCCUACAGAAAACUAGAUAUCGAAGAGAUUUAAAAUUGCAGCCGAAUAGAGGGAGAUAUCAGAGGAACGCUUUAUUUGCUGUUGAAGCCGCUAACGACACGAACGACUCCAACGACUUAAGCAACGUAUCGGCGGGGCCGUGCGGUGCCGGCUUGCCAAAGAUGCAAGAGCUUCGAUCCAAUUACCCUGAAGGAGCCUACUCGAAACUAUAGACGCGCGUCCUUGGGUUCUUCGCAAUCGCCAUCAACAGCACACAGCCAAGUUUUCGAACAAGAUGUCAAUGACAGGGAGCUUGAUGGGUUACGAGAACAAUAACGAAGUGAAUCAAGCGAAAUGCAAGAAACCGUUGAAGCCACUUCCAGUCAUGUCAAGUAUAAAUUCAAGCGGUGUAACGACGACAAGCACCGGGAAGUCGUCAAAGAAGGUUCGGAAUUCGCGUAAGAAGGAAUCUUCAGUGCGAGGUCACGUGAAUAGUCUUUGGUCGGUAUGGUACGGCAUCUUGGCGGUUGCAUUUCAGACUUACAUCGCGAUGAGAUACGCCAGAAGAUUUGCCACGUAUCUCUCGUUGCCAUGGCCGGCGGAUGCACCACCACCGAAAAUCGAGUUGCACGCGUGCCUGGUUCUAGCUGGGGCUGGAGUGGUUUUACUUCCUGUUUUACUCGGUACUGCCUUCCUCAAGCUCGGAAAUCUCGCCAACGACGGAAUUAAACUUGGCCGUCAUUUGAGCGCGUGCUCUCGCGAUCCUCCUUCCUCGUUACUUACCAACAAUCCAGAUAAUAGCUUGGCGAAUAAUUUAUGGAGACAUGGUGGACCAACGUCGGCGUUCGUACAUCUCUGCACGGCCAUGUGUUUCCUUCUACCGUCUCUGCUCAUGGAGGCGAGGAUGAUACACGCUGGAUUUUUGCCAAAAGAAGCGAUAUGGAGAACGGAUUUGGAUUGGAUGGUCAUUCACCGAGAUCGUCUGGUGGUGCUUAGUUUCAUGAAUCCAGCUGGUAACCUGAGCACCUUAACCGGUUUCAUAACCCCACAACCUUUUGUAACCGCUGCUCCAGAAGAGGAAGUCGAGGAGGACCUUAAUGGAGUCGUACCAACGACAACAGGCUUGUCUCGUGUCAACGAAACAAUCGAAAUUCGAACGGAAGAAACUUCUACAAAAUUUUCCACUAUAAAUCGACCAGUACUGACUAAUGUCCAUCGAACCACCAUAAAUUCUACGACAACUAUUUUGGCCAAUAAUAACACCACAACAAGUAAAACAACUUCUAAAAUAUCAGAAGCAACCAGCAGUACAAGUUCCACGACAACACCGACCACGAGUUCGACUAAUUCUGCAACAAAAUAUCCAACGACUCUUAAGAGACCAACUAUCAGACCAAUUUUGAAAAACAAUAAUCCAAAGAACAGGUCUAAGAUUAAGAAUUUAACGAAAACAUCGACAACAGCAAGACCAUCCAAAACUACUCAGACUACGUCUGGUGGGAACAUGACUGCUCAAAGUAUGUCAUUGGUUAUGAACAGCCUAGCUGAUCUGGAUCAUCCUGAAAAUUUGAAUCUGGAGCUUCAACCGACUGAAUCCUAUGGGCCAAUAACACUGGAAUACCUUAAUUACGCUGUUGCUCUUGGCGUUUACUCCGUACGAUAUCCUGCAGUGUUUUGGUCUUGCAACAAAGCUCUCGGUACGAUUUUCAGCGUUCAACUGGUCAUCAAUUCCGCUCAGAGCUUAUUGGCUUACGCCGGCAUGUCCGUUUUGUACAAGGUUCAAGUUGUCGGACCUCUUAAGGUUCUACCUCUUCUUCGACAUCGAACUGUAACCACAGCAAGUACGAUUUCAACGAUUUUCGGUGAUUCAUAUUUCCUUCUUAAUCCUCACGUUACGUUAGCCCUGUUUGCUCUUUCGUCUCUCCUCGUGCUGUGUUCGAGUAUGGUCAUGUAUUUCUACGCACACGGCAGGUUCGCGGCGUUCUUGAAUCAGGAACGCGAACGUCGCGUGAUCUUGCCGAAGGAUGGUCGAGAGAGCAGCGGCUGGGUCUACUUCACUCAUUGUACCGCCCUCUGCGUGUUCCUCGCGAUUGCAAUCUGUAGUGCACCAUUACUCUACGACUACACGGUGGUCUAUCGAGGCAGUCUAGACGGUGCGAUCCUCGCCUGUAUCGUUGGUACCGUGCUACACUUGUUACUCUGGCUUAUUCUAUGGGUCUUCCUGACUAUAAAACAACGUUGGACUUUCAAGUUACGUGUCACGAUCGGUCGUGCUACCGUUCGUUCAGCCAGAUCGGUCAAACUGGUGACCGAUGUCGAUUUAUUGUCUGCUAGAGAGGAAGAAGAUAGUACAAGCGCUCCGCUACUCGUCGUUGGUAACGGUAGGACAUAUACGAUCGCAGAUACGUCCCCAAAGAAAGCUAUCAUGAGUGUUAUUCAAAAGGCAGCUAUGGAAAGGAAAGCACGUUCACAAGGUGGAAACGUUGAUUACGCUGAUGGAGAAUCGACAGCCGAUGGCGACGAACAAAUCUAUUGGCUCAGGCCAAAAUUACGGCCGUCACCUGCUCAAUCCCCUAGCGACACCACUGGCACUCAAGCUAACGACAAGGGCUGGCUCAACAAGAAGCUCAAGCCCAAGGUCACCUUUAACGACCUGCCUAGUACGUCAGGCUCGCGUAAUAAGGGAAAAGCCAGACGAGGCGUCGCUGACGGGGGGCCCGACGAUGACGGGGAUUACGCCACGUUACGCGAACUACCGCUGAUAACCUCUUUGGAUCCAGCGGACGACUCAAAUUCCGAAGAAAACAAGUGGGAGAGAUGGUUGAUGCCACGUAGGAACGGUAUACCUAAAUUCGGAGACCUGCUCGAGUGCGUGAACGAUGACCAAGUGACGUACUACGCGAGCGCUAAUCGCGAUCUGCAACCCUCGGAGGGUGAUCCCUCACCCCUCUUAACUCCAGAUCCUCUUCCCGAUCCUGCUUCAGAACCACUUCCGUUGCCACCUCCGACUCCAACUACUGCACCGACCACCGAAGUUGCCACGGCGCUACUAACCACUAACUCCCAGAUGAACGGUGGUCAAACACCACGUUGUUUACGCCGAGCAGAUUCCGGUAUGCCACACGACGAGUUGACACCACGUUCCGAUUCUUCCAAUUCUCCGCCAUUGGAUACAGGUGGUACCGGUUCGGUAAUAGGCCACAGUAAUACUAGCAGCAACAGCGAAACAUCGUCAAGUGGCGUACACAGUAAUGCAAGUAAUGCCAGCAAUGCCAGCCAAAGUAGUUCGUCUCAACGACGAGCAACAAGCGUGGACGAUUUAACUGGCGAAACACGCGAAGAACCACGAGAACAAUGGCGUAGCUGCUCGCUUCAGCGUGGAACACAACCACCGACAGCAAAUACAACUUUUUCUCCACCAAACAGUCGACCAGGCACCAGCCAAUCGUUUUCCUCUCCACAAUACGCGAAUCACAUACCUCUGUUCAACAAUACUGGCAACAACGAACUAACCGGUGGCUGUCCAGCAGUCAUUCUCGAAAAUCCAAACGAAGCAACGGUUGUAAUACGUCGUAAAUUGUCGAGAACGAAACUGACGGAGCCACUGAAUCCAAACGAAGAACCGUUUGGUCGGUCUACCAAUAUGAGGAUGACCUCAUUCACAGAGAGCAAUGAUAUUCGUAUUCAGGCUUCCUCAGCUACCCUACCCCAUUAUCCAACUCAGCCUAUCGUCACGUAUCCACACUGUUCCACCAUGCCCUUGCCUCAUGCGUCGCACAGCAUGGCUGGCACGAACAUGAGCGGGUCCACCGGCAGCUGUGGAUCCGUGCCAAGGCACACAUUUGUACCACCGCAGAUACACGCGACUGUACCAGCUCAUACGACGUUACCGUCGCAUCACAACGGUGUCAGGCUGAUACAUGGUGGUCCUGGUAAUCCUUUUGUCAAGAGGUUCCCACCCGUUCAGCUUCACACUCAGCCCUGGGCUCUGCCAGGUCACCAUACCUUUCCACAAGCACCACAAAAUAAUAACAAGCUGUCGGUUACCGCUCAGAUAAGACAACAGAGCGAUCGAGACUCGGCUAAUUUCUCUAUGGCAAGUAGCGGAGACUCGGAUACUUGUUUACCGCAUUAAAUAUGUGACAGAUCCUCUCGCUAGAAUAUUAUUUCUAGAGGAGCUGUGGUGCAAUCUCGUCGUGUUGCUGCUGAUACAGUGACGACUCUUGUGGAUCUAUAUUUUAAUAUGGUUCCACAAGAAUGGACUCGAACUUAUCAAACGCUUCGCGUAGAACGCAGUAGUAAUGCAUCAGUAGGACUUCUUGUAGACCCAAGGUCGAAGAGGUACCGGUGCGAAAAAAUAAUAGUCUUCACAUACUUUCGAGAACAACUGGAUGACUUUUCAGGAUGACCACUCUCUGUUCGAUCAACGUUCAUUUAAUCUCGUAAACGUAUUAGCAGAUCUAAUCGUCGUCAUAAAUGGAAACGCUUGCGAGGAUAUCUUUGAAACUCUUGUAUUUUCAGACUCAAUCUUUUAAAUUCACAAUACAGUAACAUAUCAUGUUAACAUCUGCCACUCGCAAAAAUUUUUCUGAAAUUCCUCAAAAUUCUACAGAAUUUUGAUAUCUUACGUGGCGGCGAUCACGAAGUUCUAAUGAUAAUAAUACUAAUACUAAUACUAAUGCUAAUAAUAAUAAUAAUAAUAAUAAUAAUAAUAAUAAUAAUAAUAAUAAUAAUAAUAAUAAUAAUAAUAGUAAUAUUAAGGGAAGAGGAGGGAGCAUGAUAGAAGAAAUAUAACUGUUCUCUCGUGGACAUAUCCCGUGUUUGUGAUCACAAUUAAUAUAAUACUAUUUAAUUGCAAUAAAAAUAUCAAUAUUAAUUACGAUCUCAAGAAUUAUAGAUGGAGGUUGAUCGAACGGUCAUCGUGAUGCUAAAACGAGGUUAUCGUGAAAGGUUUUUCCAUUCGCUCGAGUUCCAUUCGCUAAGAUAUAUUUAUAAUUUAAUGAGAAAUCUCUUGCGUUUUGAUUAUUCUUACGGAAAAGUGUUCGAUGUAUAAAGGAGUUACGUGCCACGUUUAAUGUUGGAGAGAUUAUUAAGAAGGAACGGGAAAGAGAUGAAGCAUAAUUAUAUGUGUUAUAAUAAUGAUGGAAAAAGAAAGAAAAAACACGUACACAUACACACACACACACACACAAACAAGAAUUAAUCGUAUUGCUUUAAAUAAGAUUCGCGCGCGUGUAUAGAAUGGAUUAAGGAUAGUAAUAAUUAAAAGGGUGAUCUUUUUGGAAACGUUCAUGCGCGUCAUCCGUGUAAGCAUGUAAAAUCUUUUGUACCGUUAAUUAAAAUCCAUUUUUACCGAUAAUUAAUAAUUGUAAAUUUUGUUAAUGCGUCGAUACUAUGUAUAUUAUACCGGGGGUAACUUGUUUCCUCAUUUCAUUUUUCUUUUCUUUUUUCGUUUUAUUUUGUUUUUUUCUUUUAGUUCUUUUGCUUUUCGGACCAUUACAAAUUUUCGGUGAAUGAUCGAAAGGGAGAUUGAUUCAAUGAACUCUUUUUGUUUUGUUUCUCACUCUCACUUUUUUCUUUUUUUUUCUCUCUUAUUCUUUUGCGAUGUUUAUUUUUAUUCUCUUUCAAGCAACGUCGUGCGUUGUCACGAAACGUUACUCCCUUUCGUUCGAACGAAUCUUUUAUUCCUAUACGUAUAUACAAACGCGACUAGAUAAUUGUUAAGAUAAAAAUGCUUUUCUAUGAUUGAAUCGUGUUAAUGCUUUAUAUAUAUUGCGUAUGUUUAAGGAUUAAGAAUGAACGAUUUUAAUGGUUUGUCGUGAAAGAGAGAUCAUACGUUGUCGAAUGUACUAACGCAAUUUAUGUAAUUGCUCUCUUUGUGGAUGUAAAGAUUAUUAUCCGCAAAGUUGUAUACGUACUUACGACGAUCCAUGAGCAGAGUUUCUAAAUGAAGGAUCGAACGGGAUAAUGGACAUUAGUAAUAAUUAUCCUAUGUAGAAAAUAACGAUCGUGUGUUGCGCAUAUGCCGAGUCUUGCGUAACACGUUGUUAAUUAUUUUUAAUGAUCAAUUAUGUAUUAAUAGAAUAAUUCAUCAAUUGUGUAUUAAUUGCGUUGCGAUAAUUUACUUAAUAUUACGAGCAACAAUUUUCUCGUGCACUCUCUCUAUUGAAAAAAAAUAUAUAUAAAUAUUAUUGAUAACAAAAAAAAAGAAAAAAGGAAAAAGCAAAAAGAAAAAAAAAUUGUAAAGUGUGUUACUCAAGAUCGGCGUAUACGAGUUUUAUUAAUUAAUGGCUAGGGGAACGAUAACUGCCACUUAUCGUGAGAAUUAAUCUCCGUUUGUAUUUACUUAUUUUAUCAACUGCCAUGCUAUUUCGUCCUUUUCACAGAUAUAAAAACAAAAAAAAAAACAAAAAAAAACGAUAUUUAACGUAUGUUAAUUCCCCGAUGGUAACCACUUGCAUUUAAGUCGUUAAAAGAAAGAAAUAGAAAGAAAGAAAAAAGAAAAAAAAAGAUAAAGAAAAGUACUGAUGCUGAGAUACCCACUCGCAUGGAUUAUCGUUCGCUAAUUUGCGUUCUUUCGCGAUUAUAUAAUCGCUUUUACGAGUCACGCGAUUAAAAAGUACAACUGAUUGUGGAGAACUAGAACUAGAUUGUGCCAUAAGAGAAAAUGGCCGAGUAACGUGAAAAUAAGAAACCCGACGAAGCAAUAGGUAUUUUGAAAAAAAAAAAGAAGAAACAUCGUACUCCUUGACGUUAUCGUUGUAAAGAUUAAAUAGAUCUCAGAGAGAAAGAGGGAGAGAGAGAGAGAGAGAGAGAGAGAGAGAGAGAGAGAGAGAGAGAGAGAGAGAGAGAGAGAGAGAGAGAGAGAGAGAGAGAGAGAGAGAGAGAGAGAACAAAUAGAAGGACGAUAAGUAUCGAAUUAUGAAAUGAACUGUUUGUUUUAUAGUAAAAAUUGUGUUAAAAUUUAAAAGACAAAAAUACUGGAUUACUUAUUAUUAUUUUUGAUUGAUCA